CCGGGCGGGGCCCGCUCACGUGUCCCGGCCGCUCAGAGUCCGCGGCCGGCGCUGCCCGGCUCCGUGUCCCGCGAUGGCGCGAUACCUCGGCGCAGCCCCGGCGCUUUGCCGCGCCGCCGCCCCCGGCCUGAGCCGCCGCCCCGCCGCCCUGGCCCCGGCCCCGGCGCUGGGCGCGCACCAGCCGCGGCGCCACUAUGCUGACAAACGGAUCAAGGUGGCCAAGCCGGUGGUGGAGAUGGAUGGGGACGAGAUGACGCGGAUCAUCUGGGAGUUCAUCAAGGAGAAGCUGAUCCUGCCCAACGUCGAUGUGCAGCUGAAGUACUUUGACCUGGGCCUGCCGAACCGGGACCAGACAGACGACCAGGUCACCAUUGACUCCGCGCUGGCUACCCAGAAGUACAGCGUGGCCGUGAAGUGUGCCACCAUCACACCCGAUGAAGCCAGAGUGGAAGAGUUCAAGCUGAAGAAGAUGUGGAAGAGUCCCAACGGCACAAUCCGAAACAUCUUGGGCGGGACUGUCUUCAGGGAGCCCAUCGUCUGCAAGAACAUUCCCCGCCUGGUCCCGGGCUGGACCAAGCCCAUCACCAUCGGCAGACACGCCCACGGCGACCAGUACAAGGCCACAGACUUCGUUGUGGACAGGUCCGGGACGUUCAAGAUGGUGUUCACCCCGAAGGAUGGCAGUGCCGGGAAGGAGUGGGAGGUUUACAACUUCCCUGGCGGGGGUGUUGGCAUGGGCAUGUACAACACGGACGAGUCUAUCUCGGGCUUCGCACACAGCUGCUUCCAGUACGCCAUCCAGAAGAAGUUGCCCCUCUACAUGAGCACCAAGAACACCAUCCUCAAGGCCUACGAUGGGCGCUUCAAAGACAUCUUCCAGGAGAUCUUCGACAAGCACUACAAGACAGAGUUUGACAAGCUGAAGAUCUGGUAUGAGCACCGGCUCAUCGAUGACAUGGUGGCCCAGGUGCUGAAAUCCUCUGGCGGCUUUGUCUGGGCCUGUAAGAACUACGACGGUGAUGUCCAGUCGGACAUCCUGGCCCAAGGGUUCGGUUCCCUGGGCCUGAUGACCUCCGUCUUGGUGUGCCCGGAUGGAAAGACCAUAGAAGCUGAGGCAGCCCAUGGCACCGUCACCCGCCACUACCGGGAGCACCAGAAGGGACGACCCACCAGCACUAACCCCAUUGCCAGCAUCUUUGCCUGGACGCGUGGCCUGGAGCACAGAGGCAAGCUGGACAGUAACCCAGAUCUCAUGAAGUUUGCUCAGACUCUGGAGAAGGUCUGCGUGGAGACGGUGGAGAGUGGAGCUAUGACAAAGGACCUUGCAGGCUGCAUCCACGGGCUCAGCAACGUGAAGCUGAACGAGCACUACGUGAACACCACGGACUUCCUGGACGCAAUCAAGAACAACUUGGACAAAACCCUGGGCAAGCAGUAGAGGCCAGGGGCUGCUCAGGGGUGGGGUGGGGGGGUGUCUGUCUGUCCGUCCGUCCGUCCGUCCGCAGCAGCACCAGGGCCAGGCAGUUUACCUCAUUAACAGGCGAGGAGCGAAUGCUGCUCUGAGCUCAUGGACUGGGCCCAGGAACAUGCGGAUUUGUUUUUAUAACGUUUUUUAAAGUAUUUCUAGGAGCUUGAGUACCAGGGGCUUGUGGCCAGGCCUGGCCAGUGCUUAAUUUAUGUAACCUCUGACCUCCUGGUGCCAAGUGUAGCUAAUAAACCUCUUCACUCUC